AUGGGCACUCAUUCACUCUAUCACUUGGUAAUAUUAUUUGAGGAAACUGAGAAGAAAUUAUCAAAAUCGCUUUCAUACAGUUCUCCAUCCUUACCGUAUCCAUUUAUUAUUCGGAAGUCACUUGAAAAGACUAGGCACCCCGAAUUAAGUACUUCAGAUAUUCAAGGUAGCAGGCAAUUUAAUCAAAUUACUGUGGAAACGUAUACAAUGGAUACCUCAGAGUCAUGGGAUGUAGACAAUUGUGAAGAGAUAAGUUUUCUGUCUGGUAAUCCAACUGUCGAAACCACCGAAGGUAUCAUACAUAUAUACAAAAAUCAGAGAGAAGUGCCACGAUGUAAUGACAUGGUUACGAGUACUGUGUUAUGUUUCUUUUCUGUGCCAUCUCAUAUAACAGUGAAAGACUUACUGAGGUUUAUUUCACCUAUGCGUAAUGUGAUUGUAGAGCUGAAAAUCGUAAAGGAUAGUACUCCAAAUCAGUAUAUGGCAUUGAUAAAGUUCCGUACACCUGAAGACACGGGCCAUUUUUAUGAUACCUACAAUGGCACCUCUUACAAUACUUUGGAACAAGAAGUGUGCCAACUAAUGUAUGUCUCACAUGUAGAGAUCACGCACCCUUCUACAGGCGUUGCAUUUCCCACCAAAGAUUUAAGGGAGUUGCCUUCUUGUCCGGUGUGUUUGGAGCGUCUGGAUGAACCCGUGCAAGGAAUACUGACUACGAUUUUAUGUAACCACACAUUCCAUGAUGGGUGUAUUUCACAGGUAGAAGAUACCAUUUGCCCAGUUUGCCGUUAUGUCCAGUCACCUGAAAUGCUCUCUGACAGUCAGUGUGCAGACUGUGAUAUAAGAGAAAACUUAUGGAUUUGUCUCAUAUGUGGUCAUGUUGGUUGUGGUCGUUAUGGUCAAAAACAUGCACAGGUGCAUUUUGAGGAAACAGGACAUACAUUCGCCUUAGAGCUCGGCAAAACUUUGGUCUGGGAUUACGCUGAUGAUGCAUAUGUUCACCGGCUAGCUGUUAAUCAUGAGGAUGGAAAAUUAGUUCAGCUUGGGCCCAAUAAUGAAACUGGUAACAAAAAGCUAGAUAUAAUUAGCAUGGAAUUCAGUGCCAUCUUAACAAGUCAACUGGAAUCACAACGUGCAUACUUCGAGUCCCAACUGGGUUUAAUAACUACUCAGUCAAAUGUUCAUCUCGAAGAAAUGGAAUCCCGUGUCGAAUCUGCCUUAUCCGCUGCGCAAACAGCCGAAAAGAAACUCUCUGAAGUCAUAAAAGAGAACCUAGUCAUCAGUCGUAAAUUGCAACAAGCAACAUCACUAGCUCAACGUUUACAAAAGGAUUUGGAAGAAGAACGUGCUUUAAAUCGAAGUUUACUUAUAAAUGAGAAAACCUGGCGUGAAAGAACAGAACAAGCGGAAUCGGAAGCGAAAACAGCUCGUGCAGAAUGUAGAGAAUUACUAUUAAACUUGGAAUUACGAGAUAAAUUAAAUGAAUUAAACACAAAUAAAGAGCUGACAAAAGAUGAACUCGAAACAUGUGAAAUCUCUUUGCAACCCGGUAGUUCACAAAAAGCAAGUCGAAGACGACGUAAACGCUAGAAUCUUUUCUACAUAGAUGUCUACUAAAGAGAAAAUACUGUCAGAUGAAUGAUAUAAUCUUAUUACAUUUGACAGUAUUAUAUAUCUUCACUUCUUGUAAUCUAAUUGUCAAUUCACUCAAUCAUUGAUUUAAAGAAAAGUUAUAUAUGUGUAUACUGUUAUUAAUUUAUGGAAGAUAAUAUAUAAUUCUACUGUCUGCUC